AUGGCAACCGCAUCGAUGAAAGCUGGCCCUGCACGCGUAGAGAAAGGGGAUGACCUCUACGACGUGUUUCGUAAGUCUGCUUUCGCUCAGGGCCACUAUAAUGUUCCUGAGUCUCGAAUCAGGGAUGCUUUUGACGAGGAGCUGAGACAACCCGGUGGCCGCGAAGCUCUUACCAACAUUCUCAAGCAAUGGGGCUCAUAUCCACCAUCGGAAGACUUGAGUAAUGAAUCUCCAGUGGACGAAGCCGUUAUCAAACUUAAUAUUAAUGAAGCAACUGUGGAUAUUACCAUUGGGGAACUCUCCUUGUAUGCGAAGGGACUAUUUAGAGGAGGGUACUUUGGAACAGGACAGUAUGACCUCCGCGGCUUCAUUAAAUACAAUGAUACAGAUGACUUGCAGGGAACCCAAAAGGCGGAAAUGUUCAAACACGAUGAAAAUACUCUCGUUAUGAACAUCUACGCGCCUGAUAACUACAAGAAACUUCUCGCAUACAUUGUGUUAUACAGGCCAAAUUUCCACUUGACUGGCGUGAAGCCUGGUAGGAUCACAUUCAGCCCCCUGACAGUCUAG